AAGAAACACAUAAAGCACAAAAAACAAACAAAGCUGGCGCUGAGCAGUCCAUUCGAAUUGUUAGUUACGAUUGCACUAUUUGGAAAUUAGUCGCCGUUGUGACAGCACCGUGUAGUAGCUCGGGAGUGCUAAAUCCAGAAGGAUUUUAUAAAAAAUUUCAAUUUCUUCUAAAUUUGAAAGUGAUUCAGAGGGCCUCUCUUUUUCUGGAAACUUCUGUGGCCAACUGAACUGAAACUGACCCUGAGAGGUGCUUCGGCGACGACCCCGAAACAAAGGAAGGCGCAGGCCCAGUGCAUCACUGGCAGCAACGUAACUGCAGCAGCUGGAAAGCUUAACUGGCCAGAACCAGUGCUAACCGAAUUUGGUCAGAACCAGUUUGCAACUCUCUUAUUUGCGACGCAUUUCCGCGAUUCCGUGACCAGCUCUUCUAACAAAGACGCAUUAGAAAUGGAAGCCAAGGGCAACGAAAACCAAGGCCAGAACCAGCCGGAGCCUGGUCAUCUCCAGGAAGAUCUCGACGAGCGUCGCAUCCGCACCGACAGCGAGAGCUCCAUCGACAGUAUGACUCGGUUUGUGCUCCCCAGCCUUGGCGGAAGCCCCCCAAAGAUUGUCACCCUGGACGAGGUCUCGAGCAUGUUCAAGAACCUCCGCAACAUGGAGCUGGCUCACGAGAUAGCCCUCAACCCGGACUUCAAGCUGCAACAGUAUGAGCCGCCGCUGGACAGCCUGGAGGGCCGCAUCAAGACCAUGGUUCACAAGGCGUUCUGGGACCUGCUCCGCCAGCAGCUGGAACGCCAGCCUCCGUCAUACGACCAGGCCAUUCGUCUGCUGGCCGAGAUCAAGGAGUGCUUCCCCCAGCUUCUAUCCCCGAACAACGAACGGGCCCUGGCCCACAUCAACGAGGUGCUCGACGACGCCGUCAUUCGCCAGCAGGCGGAGCGCGGAGUUCUCGACUUCAAAUCGUACGCCAAUUUUGUUAUUAAUAUUCUGGCCAAGUCCUGUUCCCCGGCCCGGGAUGAUGCUGUGGCCAAGCUGCGCGAAAUCGAGGACGUGGUGGACACCUUCCGCAGCAUCCUCGAGUUGAUGACCCUCAUGAAGCUGGACAUGGCCAACUUUAUGCUGGCCCUGGCCCGCAAACAGAUCGCUGCCAAUUCGGUUCAAUACGAGAAGGAGAAGUUCAGCAAGUACCUACGCGAGUUCCAUGGAAAUGCUGGCUUCCCGGCCACCGAGGAUUGGCUGAAGCGCCAUCGCACCGGCAGCGCCAUGGACGAAACCAUUUACAAUGCCUACAUGCAGCUGCUCGACUAUCCGGCCGACAAGGAGUUCCCGGAGCUGCUGCGCAUGGACAAGGAGCGCUUUGUGGGCCUCACCUGGAGGGCCCAGCGCCUGAUCCUGUGCGCUUCGCUCAUCUCGAUCGCCCAGAGCACUCCAAUCAUUUCACAGAGACGCGAGAAUCGCGUUCAACUGGCCCAACAGCUGGACAUCAUAGUUCAGGACGUCAAGAAUGAAGACCAAGUACCCACUGCCAUGGAAAGCUGCUACGAGCAAAUCCGCUCCUUUGUUAACAAGGUUCUCAGUCAGGAGCAGAUGCCGGCCAUGAGCGAGGCUGAUCAGGAUGCCCUGAAGAGCCAUGUGCUCCGUCUGGCCGACAAGACUUCUCCCGUUCCCAGUCUAAUGGCCAAGCGACUAGAUGGCUAUGUGCGUGUCGCCUUGCGCUCCAAUGGCAGCAUCCCGCCACCGCCAGCUGGAUUCGUGGACUUCCAGGAGGAGCUGGUUGCAUUUAUUGCCUCCUUCCGGCGCCUGGUCUCCUACAAUCACGCCGUUUUCGGCGAACACUUCCACCAGAUCCUCAGCCAGAACAUGGCAGCCGUCGACGAUGAUACCGAGGCAGCCUCAUCUGGCGCUGGCAUCUCCACUGCUGGACAGGCUCAAGUGGCCAAGCCAUAGGGAGCAGAUGAGAAACCCUUUCUCAGGACGUAGAAAAAACGAAAAUAUGAAAAGCACACAACUCUCUAAUAGCCUGUAUUACACUACCGGAAUCGGAGGAUGUGAUCCAGAGUUUGGACGACCCGGAACAAGAGUAGAACUCACUCGGAGACUCGCGUGCGAGUGCCCCCCUUCUCCAUAUAUGUAUUGUACACCUCCUCGACAGUUCCCUGUGACUCCGGCGUAUAUAUUCGGCCCACAUCCUUAACCACCAAACUAAAAAGAACAAAAAACGGAAACCAUGAAACCAAAACCUAGCCCCCAGAAUUCUCGGAGCCUCCGCUGGGGCUUGCUGGGGCGACUGUGAUAAAGAAGAAGAAACGUUUUUAUGUGUAAAGGCUCCUCGUGGGCUCCUAACUUCACUCUGACAGCUACUGAUCCAAUACUAUAUACAUACUUACCAUGGAAAUAUAUAUAUAUACAUAUGUGUGUGUACCCCUCUAGACUAACCCUACAAAUACAGUUUAACUCUAAUCCCCAUAUAUGUCUGUAACCAGGAUCUAGUUUAGUUAAAUGGUUCUAUUGAUCAAUUGUGGACUCGCGGAAUAUGUGCAAGCAUAGAUGCUUAUUGUAUCUUUACUUAUAUAGAUUAUCCUUAUAUACAAGUGGCGUUGUUUAUCGGCGCUGAACGAAUAAAUACAAUGAAUCUAACAAAUAGCCUAA